AGGUGGGCGCCUGAGAGGUGUCCGCCCCUCUCUGAGAAGUAAAGAGUUAACGGAGCGGUGGGUUUGCCCGUUCUCCCGCUGUGAGUGACGCGAUCAUCUCUCUUAUCCCUCAACUUUGCCUGUUGCCAGACCAGGCAGCCGAGGUGGACGCUGGCUAUCGCCGCUGACAUUCUCCGACGCCGAUCGCUCCGACCGAUCACAACAACGCCGACGACGCACAUCCAUGAUCCAUUUCCAGGUUUAUUUAUCCCCCCUCGCUUAACGUUCCCUUCCUUCUGGCGGCGAUGAUUUUUAGUUUCCCUUCCUGUCGGACUCUCCGAUGUUGUGCAGUCUACAGCACGAAGGCGUAAAUCUUUUCCUGAGUAGAGGUGGAUCUUCCCGGAUACGGCAAGGAGGUAGCUGUAUGAAAGAAUAAGAAGAAAAACAAGACAAAAAAAGAAGACUUUUGACGGAAAUCGUCGCGCAGAAAAUGCCACGGAGGAAACAAGAAGCGCCGAAGCGCGCAGCAGCGUAUUCUCCCGAGGAGCUGGCAGAGCAGGCUGUGGAGGAAGCCGAGGCAGGAGAGCAGCCGUCGGUACCGCAGGAUGAUGACCUUCCCAUGAAAGAGGAAUUUGUGGAGCAAAGUGCAGGGACUGCCAAGGAGCAGGCAUGUGACCAGGAAUCAGCUGAGGCUACAGAGCUCUCAGGACAAGAGAUGGACAGCGAGUCACAUGUAAGUGAGGCCAGUGACCGCCUGUCUGACUUCGAGAGCCCCUGCAGAAAAUCAGAAUCCAACAUGGUCCCGGCUUCUUUGAAUCCUGAUGCCAAAACGCCUCCCAUAGGCAUGGACACGUUAGAACAAAUGAAGGCUAUCUACUCAAGUUUCUUGACCAGUCCUCUGUGGUCGCCACUGAACUUGAACUCCACCCAGCUUCAGGAACAGACCUCGGCUUCUACGGAGAAGCCCGCUCGCAGCAACAGCACUAGCAGCAGCAGUAGCUGCAGCAGCAGUAGCUUUGACUGGCAUCAGUCCGCAGUAGCAAAGACCCUACAACAACACCCUCCUCAGAGCCGUCACCCUGCUCCGUCUGAGCCAAGCCUCUUUAGUACGGUCCAGCUUCACAGGCAAAACCCAAAGCUGUUUGGCUCAAUCUUCACCGGGGCCAGCAAAUUCCGCUGUAAGGGCUGUAGUGCAGCUUAUGACACGUUGGUGGAGCUGACCGUCCACAUGAACGACACAGGCCACUACCGGGAUGACAACCAGGAUAAAACAGGCAGUGGUUCAAAGCGCUGGUCCAAGCCACGUAAGAGGUCCCUGCUGGAGAUGGAAGGAAAAGAGGAUGCCCAGAAGGUUUUGAAAUGUAUGUAUUGCGGCCAUUCUUUUGAAUCACUGCAGGACCUCAGUGUCCAUAUGAUUAAGACCAAACACUACCAGAAAGUGCCUCUGAAGGAGCCAAUGGCCCCAGUGGCAGCCAAAGUCAUGUCCUCUAAGAAAAGAGGACUGGUGGGGUUGGACCUCACCUCAUCACGAUCGAGAGAAGGAACCCCCAAAGCAAAAGCAGAUCAGAGUGAACCCUCACAGAAACCUUCCUCCAGCCCUUACACUAACUCUAAUACCCGAUACAGCCACCAGAACGGUGCCAGCUAUUCUUGGCAGUUUGAGUCUAAUAAACUUCAGAUCCUCAAGUGCAUGGAGUGUGGAAGCUCCUAUAAUACACUCCAAGAGCUGAGGACCCACAUGAUGGUGACGGGACACUACCUGAGGGUGUCCAGCUCGGUGGGUAAGAGAAUUAAAGCAGUUCCCGAGGCAACGUCCCCUAGUCCUGGGAGGGUCAGCACACCUACUGAUCAAAAAGUCCAAUCUGUUCCACUUGCACCCUCCACCUUUUCUCCUCCACCUCUUCCAACCAACACAACUCCCUCCCCUCCUCUGAAAGAGAUCAAGAAGGAGGAGGUCGAGGAGGAGUGCACCACGCAAGAGACCGGUGCAACCGAAAAGCAAGUCAUGACCGCUGUUGGUAAAGAGGAAGACACCGAGGGAGAGGAAAAAUAUGACAUUUCCAAGUAUAAUUACCUUACAGAGGAUGAUCUGAAGGAGAGCCCUAAAGGAGGGAUCGAUAUCCUAAAAUCACUGGAAAACACAGUGACUUCAGCCAUCAAUAAGGCACAGAGUGGGAAUCCAAGCUGGGGAGGCUACCCUAGCAUCCAUGCAGCCUACCAGUUCCCCAGUUCCCUCAAGCUCCAACAGGGCAGCAUGGAAAAGAAUUCACAGAUGAAGUUCUUGUUCAACGGAGGGGAUGGGACUUUGUCUUCUUAUGCUAAAAACCAGCCUCUCAUCUCCCCACCACUGAGUCAUUCUUCCCCCUUUCCCACUAACAACUUUCAAGCAAUGGAAGACUUGGUGAAAAAGGUGACAGAGAAGGUAGCAAAGGUGGAGCAAAGGGUAAAGCAGUUGUCUCCAAAGAGAGAGAACCAGCUGUCCCCUUGUAGCAGUGAGGCUGGAGAAUCACACAAGGGAGGAGAGGCUGACUCCCCUCGGGAAUGGAGGGGAGUUACUUCAGCCAAUAGUGACAAGGGGAGCCAUAGUGACAGGGCAUCCCCAGCAACAGAACCCAAGAGAAACUCUGCAGUCAAAUCUCCAGUUGCUUCCACACUGAGAUGCAGCACCGCCAUUAUCACUGGUCACACUCCUCCCGAACAGCCCUUUGUCAACCCACUAAGUGCUCUUCAGUCCGUAAUGAACAUUCAUUUGGGGAAAGCAGCCAAACCCUCUAUGCCAAAUCAAGAUCCCCUUAGCCUGCUUUCCAGGCUCAGCCAGAGCAUGACUGAGAAGGCCGCAGUGGCUGCUUCCCCGUUACAAACCAAAAAACCAGAAAGUGUCGUUGAUAAUAGCUUUUGCCAGCCCAGUGAUGACCAGCCCAUUGACCUCACUAAAAGUAAAAAUGAUAAAGGAGGUUCUGUGGGCUCAGGCCCACUAACCCCAUCGUCCACGGCCUCUUCCGUCUCCCCCAUCUCUCUCGUUACCCCUGCAAAGCUAACAGUGGUGUCUCCCUACACUUCCAGCAGCCCUCUGCACGAGAACGCACUGUCGGAUAUCUCAGACAUGCUUAGAAACCUGACACAGUCGCACCCUGUGACAAAGCCUCCUACGCGGUCCCGUGCCACGGACAAAAUGGAGGUCGUGGGCACCACGCAUGAGGAGGACGACGCGUCCCUGCAUGGCCACAAGCGCAAGGGCCGUCACUCCAACUGGAACCCGCAGCACCUCCUUCUGCUACAGGCCCAGUUUGCCUCCAGCCUGAGACAGACUUCGGAGGGCAAGUAUAAUAUCAAUGACCUCAGCCCGCAGGAAAGAAUGCACAUAUCUCGCUUCACAGGUCUCUCAAUGACCACCAUCAGUCACUGGCUGGCUAAUGUCAAGUACCAGCUAAGGAGAACGGGCAGGACCAAGUUCCUCAAGAACCUUGACUCUGGUCAGCCUAUAUUCUUUUGCAGUGACUGUGCCUCUCAGAUCCGGACCCCAACAGCGUACGUGGGCCACCUGGAAGCCCACCUGGGCUUCAGAGUCAGGGACCUGGCCAAGCUUUCCCCCAAACAGACUGCAAGGGACACAAACACUCUCACUGAGAAAGUAGCACCCCUGGAUUCCUUCCUUUUGCCACAAUCUCCCGAUGACUGCAGCAGCAACGGAGCCGUGUUCAGCUGCCAGCUCUGUGUCCGUAAGUUCGCCACGAAGCACGCCAUCAAGCUUCACCUCAGCAAGAGCCAUGGAAAGUCUCCAGAGGACCAUCUGCUCUAUGUUUGUGAACUAGAGAAACACUAAAUUACUUGUAGCACUAGACAUACUGGAACACGUAUGUAGAAUGACUGUUAAAGACAAAGAGACUUUAGAGAAUCUCCAAAAUUUGGGGUAAUACAUGAAGACACUUAACUACUGCUUAAAAAGGUUCGCACAAUGUGUUAACCUAAGUUUGGCCUACAAACAUUUCUAAUUUCUCCCUAUUUCAAUACAUUUAUUUCACUUCAAAGUAUACUGUAGCUCGAAGAUAUACGGCUUCCUUUUGUCUGCGUUCACCUUCAGAAAUGUGUCAGAACGCGAUGAAACUUUCCACUAGAAAAGAAAAGGUGUUGACUUGAAACCUAUAAAACUUAACGUAUUUAUUUUGUGUUUUGGAAGUGAGGAUUUGAUCUGCUGGUAGUCUGCAUGUUUUACACUUACAUUUGUACAGUCCUGUCUUGUCAAGAGUUAAAAAAUACCCUUCCAGAUUAGUGAUUUUUAACAUCUUAAAGCAGCCAAAUUCCUGGGAAAGCUCCUUAAAAGAAUCUGCCCCAACCGCCGAAGUUCAUCGCUUUUUGUUUAUUGUUAUCAAUUAUCUUUGCUGAUUGUAAAAUCUGCCUUAUUCAUCAUCACUGAGUAAGGGGCACUUAAAAUCCAGGUCUGUAUAAAAAUGUACAUAUAUUGUGUAAACUUACAAUUCGCUGUUUAAAUUAUGCAUACUUGUUAUAUUUCCUAAUUUAAGAGGACUAUGACUAUCCACUGGUGCAGAGCCUUUGAAGAAGAUUAAAAGGACACUGUUUUGCACAAUAGUUUUAUAAAUGUUAUUUGAUAUAAAAAAAAGACACAAUACAGAUAUGUUGAUGCCUUGUGCUUCUAUGAUUAAACUGAAUUAACUGCUAAAAA